AUGGAAAAUUUACCAAAUGAAUUGUUUUUUCAAAUCUUUAAUUAUUUACAACCUGAAGAUUUGUUCAAAGCUUUUGGAAAUCUUAAUUCUCAUUUUAGUGCACUUAUACGAUCUACUUUCAUUCGUUUUUGUGUUACUGAUGAUAAUGUUACUCUGCUUUCAAUGAUUAAAGCUGAUCAAAUAAAAAGUAUGGUAUGCAAUGAAACCACUAACUUUCAUCUACUCGUAAAUUAUUUCAAAAAGAAUCAUUUCAUUCAACUUCAACGGCUUAAUGUUACCCUGGUGCAGACUCAAUCUAUACGUACCCUUUUAGAAUAUCUACCUCAAUUUAACAAUCUAAAAUUUCUGCGCAUUGUUGAUUAUACUAAUGAGCAAAACGAAAAUUCUAAAAAUUUUUAUCAUAGUAUUGCUCAACUAAUAUUUACGAAACCCUAUGUUAUCCGCUUGAAAUGUAUUAAACUUUUUAUACCUAACAUGAUACCAUAUUAUGGACAUAUGUCUAGGCCUAAUCCAUUGUCAAUACUGACAUAUUUUACCAUUCAUAGUAUAUUUCUCGAUGAUUUAGCCAUAAUUUUACCUUGGAUGCCUAACAUCAAGACUAUCAAAAUUCUUUACGCUUGCAUCACAAAUGAUGAUGACGGUGUUGGUAGUGGUGGUCUAUUUCAUGAACACGAUCUGACAUGUAGAUCAUUAAUGCGCAUGCCUCCUAUUGUUUCUAUACAAAGAUUCGACAUUGGUAUUUGUGAUGGCGUUACAUGUAAACAUAUGCAAUUAUUAUUAUCAAAUCUUCCAGAGCUUCGUCGAUUUAACUGUGUUAUUUGGAGUGAACAUGCAUUGAUUUUAGAGCAAUGGAUACCAAUAUUCCUACGAAGUAAAAUCGAUUGGUUACUUUUUACCAUGAUAACAAUAGGGCGAUUAAGAUACAAUUAUUUAUCAAUUGAAUUACAGAGCGAUAUAUGGACUCGUGAUAUCUUUAACACUACCACUAUUACAGAAGUAUCAGGAGGUAUCUGUUUAGAAGCACAUGGUAUGAAUAUAUUAAGAAGAUCGGCAGCGAAUGAACUUGACAAUGAGUCAUCGAAUGAACAACCAAGAAAAAAACAACGUACAAAUUAA